AUGACGUCAUUUUGUCCAGCUUCCAACUGCUCCUUGCUCCCUUCUGUGUUACAACCCUCGGGAAUUAAUUCCGAAGAUAGCCACCCGUUGAAGGUUGUUGUCCAGAAAUAUGAUGUGGUUUUUGGUUUUGUCCAGCCUAAUGGAAUAUCUCGUCCUUUUGAAAGCCACCUGUCGUAUAAAGCUGGAACUUCUCCACUGGUGGGUAGAAAUUCGGAAUCGUCAGACAGUAACAGUAGGAAAUUAGAAAACAACAAGUCAUCCCCGAUCCUUGGGGAGAACCGGACAGUUCCUUUCAGCAUUGGUGAUUUUUCAUCCUCUCAAACUCUCCUGCAUUUAGUCCGAACUGCCAGUGCGCAGAGUGCAUCACAGUUGGAGAACUACCUUCGAGGAACAAACAAAAGAUCACUUGGGUCAGAAAACGGAUCAGAUCCUUUAGAUCUGACCACUGGCACCACCAAACGGCCUUGUUUAGAUAGUCCUAAUGCUUCUUUGCAACGUUCCCAUUUGUAUUCACCUAUUACAAGAGAUAUUGGUUCCUUAAAAUCGGACACAGAAGCGGUAACCAGUAGUUAUAAUGAUAAUGGGUCAAAAGUCAGCGUCCGCAAGACUCCAAGUUGGACGAACUUAUUAGACGGACGUCUUUCUAGGUCUGAGAAUUCGUCCUCCGGAAUGUCACCCAAGUAUUCUGACAGAGGGCGUUGUUCUUCCCUUUGUACUGACCAAUCUUGUUCAAACAAAUCAGAUGCUAGUGAGAUUGCGCAGUGGACUGUCGAUGACGUUGUAAGAUUCGUGACGUCUGUGGAGUCAUGCGCCGAAUAUGCUGAUAGUGUCAUAUUACCUAUUCAGACGCUUAAAAUGGUUGAAUAAUGUUAUUUACAAGUCAUGGGUUUGUGAUGCAAACUAACAGCCUGCCAUUGAUAAAGGGAAGUCUUCAGACGCUUAAAAUGGUUGAAUAAUGUUACCUACAAGUCAUGAGUUUGUGAUGCGAACUAACAGCCUGCCAUUGAUAAAGGGAACUCUUCAGACGCUUUGUAACUAGCUGCAUAUUA